CCCACUGCUCUGCUCUGUCUCCAUUCAAGCCAACAUGAGUUACGGAUCUGAAGUCUUUUCCUCCUCCUCCUACCGGAAGAUCUUCGGGGAUUCUCCCCGUUAUGCGUCCUCUCCGUCGCGGACAGUGAACGUGUCCCGGGGAGGUUACCGUUCCUCUUCAGCAACCCGGAGUAAUUUCUCAUCUCUGGGCUCAUACAACAGAAAGUCCGGUCGCUCUAUGCCACUGGAGACCUUCGACCUGACACAGAGCAACGUCCUCAACAAUGAGUUCAAAAUCGUCCGCACCAAUGAGAAGGAACAAAUGCAGGGUCUUAAUGACCGCUUUGCAAUGUUCAUCGAGAAAGUGCGCAACUUGGAGCAGCACAACAAAGUGCUGGAGACGGAGUUGAGUGCUCUGCGCCAACGGCAGACCGAGCCGUCCCGCCUGGCUGAGCUUUACCAACAAGAGAUCCGCGAACUGCGCUCCCAGCUGGAAGAGCUGAACGGAGAGAAGACCCAGCUCAUCAUAGAGAGGGAUUGUAUUGAAGACGACCUGCAGAAGCUCAGGGGGAAAUACGAAGAGGAGUACCGCGCCCGGGAGGACGCGGAGGCCACCCUCAAGGCUUUUAGGAAAGAUGUGGAUGAUGCCACCAUGGUGCGCCUGGACCUGGAGAAGAAGGUGGAAUCCCUGCUGGACGAGAUCAACUUCCUCAGGAAAGUGCACGAAGAGGAGGUGGCCGAGCUGACGGACAUGAUCCACGCUGCCCAGGUGUCUGUGGAGAUGGAGGUGUCCAAGCCGGACCUCACCUCCGCUCUCAAAGAGAUUCGCGGACAAUACGAGUCCAUGGCAUCCAAGAACAUGCAAUCAGCCGAGGAGUGGUAUAAGACCAAGUUCGCCGACUUGUCCGAGCAGGCCACCCGGAGUAACGACGCCAUUCGCGCGGGCAGGGAGGAACUGAACGAGUUCAGGAGGCAGCUGCAGUCCAAGACAAUCGAGAUAGAGAGUCUGAGGGGAACCAACGAGUCUAUGGAAAAGCAACUCAGGGAGAUGGAAGAGAGGCACAAUGUGGAGAUAGGAAACUACCAGGACAACAUGGUAGAGCUGGAGAAUGAGCUGAGGGCCACUAAGAGCGAGAUGGCUCGUCACCUGAGGGAGUACCAGGAUCUGCUCAACGUCAAGAUGGCACUGGAUAUUGAAAUUGCAGCUUACAGGAAACUACUGGAAGGGGAGGAGACCCGCAUCGGGACAGGGAUCAGCUAUCCCGGCUCCUCCAUGAGCUCAAGUGUUGGGCAAGGCUACAACUACCAGAGCCGUAUGUACACCAGCUCCAGCAAGGGCUCCAAGAGGGAGGACGAGGACCAGCAGCAGAGCAAGUCUGCAGGCAAGGUGACCCAGCGUGAAAUUUAUGAGGAGACGGUGGUCACCACCAAAAAGAUGGAGAAGCAGCAAGACCCCAGCGAUAUUCCCACCAAUCAGAAAAACUAAGCUGGUUUUUGACACCUUAAGUUUUCCCUUUACCAUGCAAACCUAUACGUCUCUCUUGAUUUCCCAUGCUAAAACAAACUCUUGGCCACUUCAGCACUUGUGGGGAUCUAAGAUGAUAGCAAAUCCACCUUAUUAUAUAGUAUUAUAUAGUAAAAUCAUCAUGGUUUCUUUUUGCACUAGUGUGUGUUGGAUGUCCACAAGUGUGUUGAGUGUGGGAGCUAGAUGUUUGUUGUUAUGUGGGAUUAUCCUUCCCUGUCCCCUUUGUCCCUCACAUGUUACUCAAAGUGAAUCCAUUAUAACUUUACUGUAACCAUCACUCAAUACAAAACCACAGUGCUCUCUUCUCUCCUUCUCACACUCAGCAUCAAGCAAUGACAAGCACAUAGGUAGCAUCUCAUACAGAAGUAUGGUCUUU